AUGUCUGCUACCAACGUGGAGAAAGGCCCCGACGCCAACCCCGUUAAUGACGCUGCAAACGCUCUGGGCAACCUCUCAAUCAACAAGCCUGCCGAUGACAAGGCCGCUGCCAACGAGGCCGCCUCGGCCAGUGCCGCUGAAGGUCGCCGUCUGUACAUUGGCAACCUGGCAUAUGCGACAACUGAGGGAGAGUUGAAGGAUUUCUUUAAGAGCUACCUUGUCGAGUCUGUCUCGAUCCCCAAGAACCCCCGCACUGACCGCCCUGUCGGCUACGCCUUUGUCGACCUCUCUACCCCCAACGAGGCUGACCGUGCCAUUGCUGAGCUCUCUGGCAAGGAGAUUCUUGAGCGAAAGGUUUCUGUUCAGCUCGCUCGCAAGCCCGAGCCUGCUGGUGAGAAGCCCGAGGGCGCCAACGGAGAGGGUUCUGGCGCUGAGGGAACCCGCCGCCGAGCUUCUGGCCGUGGUCGUGGCCGUGGCCGUGGUCGCGGUGGACGUGGUGGCCGCGGUGGCCGCAAUGCCACUGGCGAGAACGACGAGAAGAAGGAGGAUGCCUCUGCUGACGCUUCUGGCGAGGCUGAGCCCCUGAAAGAUAUUACCAACACAGCCUCGGACGACAAGGGCGACAAGAACGACAAGAAGAACCAGAACCGCCCUCAGCGGGAGCGCCGCGAGCGUGGCCCCCCUGCUGACGGUAUUCCUUCCAAGACCAAGGUCAUGGUCGCCAACCUGCCAUAUGACCUGACCGAGGAGAAGCUCCUUGAACUCUUCAAAGACUACGAGCCUUCGUCAGCCAAGAUUGCUCUCCGCCCUAUCCCCCGCUUCAUGAUCAAGAAGCUCCAGGCUCGUGGCGAGGCUCGCAAGGGACGUGGCUUCGGCUUCGUUACCCUGGCUUCCGAGGAGCUCCAGCAGAAGGCUGUCACUGAGAUGAACGGAAAGGAGAUUGAAGGACGUGAGAUCGCCGUCAAGGUCGCCAUCGAUAGCCCCGACAAGACCGACGAGGAGGCCAAUGCCCCCGCAGCCGCCAACGGCACCGAGGAGGUCGCCGCCGAGGCCCCGGCUGCUACUGCUUAA